GCGUCGGCAAAGAGUAGCCAAAACCGAAUCCAUUUCUGUGAUAGCCAAAGCCACAAGAUGAUCCUUGGCUAAAUUUUAAAUACAAAAAAGAAGAAAGAGCUGCGAAAAUCAAAUCAGAAACAGAUUGCACUGGAAAUUAAAAGUUUAUCUUUCACGUAAGACUCGAAGAAAAUGGCAAGCACUCUGAUGAAUACACUGCCUCAGUUCAAUGGUCUUCGAGCCAGCAAGAUCUCUGCAGCUCAAGGCCUGGCAACUGUUGUGCCCAUGAGACGCAAGGGAAAUGGAGCUUUGGGUGCAAAAUGUGACUUCAUUGGUUCAUCGACAAAUCUGAUAAUGGUAACGUCGACGACUCUGAUGCUGUUCGCUGGGAGAUUCGGACUAGCACCAUCAGCCAAUAGGAAGGCGACAGCUGGACUUAAGCUAGAGGCACGUGACUCUGGUCUACAAACGGGUGACCCAGCCGGGUUCACUCUCGCCGACACUUUGGCUUGUGGUACCGUUGGUCACAUCAUCGGCGUCGGAGUUGUCCUUGGUCUCAAAAACAUUGGUGCUAUUUAAACAUGUUCAUUUGUAUUCGUCGACUUGUAGAUUUUUAAAACAAAAUUCUCAAGAACCUGAGGGGAGAUCUAGUCAAUGUUUAUAAUGUUUGUAUCGCAUUGUAUUCCUCUUUAAAACCAUUAGAACGACCGCAUCUUCAAGUA